CAGUUCUGUAGGUUAUUUUGAAAGUGACCCCCUUACUGCUGCGGACCGCACACAGCUGUCAGGAACCAUGACACAAGAUGACGGAUACAGUUGUCGUUGAGGGACAAGUCAGAUUCCGAGAGGGAAAAAAGUGGAAAAACAGAUGGGUGAUUCUACGGAAACCUUCGCCUGUUGCAGACUGCCUUUCCCUGUUGGUGUAUAAGGAGCGUGGACAGAAGAGUAAACGACAGCGGGAGAGGAGUCAGGCCAUGCUGAGGGAUAUCUGUGGACUGGAGGCUCUCCAGGGCUUUGAUGGAGUCAAUUAUGCACUCAGUCUGCUCUGCCUAAGCCAGUCUGUCAUGCUGGGCUUCGAUAACAGAGUGACCCUUCUGGCCUGGGAUGCUCGUAUCCGCUACAGCCUUGGAGAGGUCCACAGGUUCAACGUCAACGUCCAGCCUGGCACCAAACUAGAAAGUGGCCCUGCCUCACUGCAUUUGUGCAACAACAUGCUUGUUAUUGCCAGAGACCUCCCUCCAACUGUCAUUAGCCAAUGGAAGCUCUCUGACUUAAGGCGCUAUGGCGCCGUUCCUAAUGGAUUUGUCUUUGAGGGUGGGACAAGAUGCGGCUACUGGGCUGGUGUUUUCUUUCUUGCCUGUGCAGAAGGAGAACAGAUCAGUUUUUUGUUUGAUUGCAUCGUUCGCGGCAUAUCGCCUAGCAGGGGGCCAUUUGGACUGCGCCCAGUCCUGCCAGACCCCACUGCUAACCCAUCGUCCGUAGAAGACAGAAUCAGCCAAGAAGCCUGUGAACUAGAGAAACGACUCAGUAUGCUGUCGAUAUGUAGCCAAAACAGUAGUGCAGCCUCCACCUUCAGUUAUGGAGCCUCUUUGGCAGGAGAUGAUAGGAGCAUCUCCAGCUCCUCCUCUGAGACCAGCCACUCUGACAACAGCCUGGGCAGCCGCCUGGCAAUAUGGCCCGAGCCAGUCAGACAUCCCACCCCUGUAGAGUCUACAUCAUACAUCGUUAGGGGCUGUGGAUCCAAGAGCACAGCCUGUUCUGUCAGAACAUCUAGUGACGAACGUCUAUAUGGAGCAGUGGUGGGCGGACUCCGGCCCCCAUCCAAACCACCUCAACCUAGAGGCCUUCAAGAGGCGGGUCGCCAGGGCUCAACUGACAGUGGUAUCGCCACAGGGAGCCACUCCUCCUAUUCUGGAAGCUUCUCAUCUUACACUGGUAGCAUGGAUAUUGGGCUUGGAGAGACUGAAGAGUUUGGGUCGUUGAUAAGCCUCCCUCAAAACCCCAAUUCUCAAAACUCAAACUCCCUGAUAAACACUCCAGUACGGAUAAUUCCCAUCAUACCAGAGCAUGGUUCAUGUGUGAGCCCUCUCAUAGAGCCUGCCCAAAUGCAGGCCAACCAGUAUGAGGUACCUAAUCCAGGUCUGCAGCAUUAUGAUAUACCUCGUCGUCUACAACACCACCACACCUCCAUUCUGGAGCAGCCUUUUAAUGCUGCAGGCCUGGAACGGAGGCCUCAAUGUGGAGCUUUGACACAAGAGGAAAUACCAGCAGAUGCCAAAACCAAACAAACUGUCCCAGUGCGUGUUAACUGGUGUGGGGAAGGAACGGCGCCCCCUGAAGGCUCCACUAUGCCACAACCACAGCUAACCAUCUGUCCAGACUGUGGGGGAGGAAAGGUGAAGGAGAGGAGCAGGGUUGAGAUAAGAAGCAUUUCUGAGCAGCGGAACCCUUUCCAUGAGACUGACGAUCCAAAAGACAAUUAUGAGCAAAUGGCAUUCUUGACUGAUACAUCCAGGUGGCCACAGUUCAGAUCUGGAGAGUAUGGAAGCAUGCUCGCCUGCCCUGGAAAGACUGGACUGACCGUUAUUGACAAACAUCAAAUUGAUUCUGUUAACUAUGUGAAUAUACCUAUCAGUCCUAUGUCUAAACAACAGCUGCAUUACAUGGAGUUGGAUCUGCAGGACCGUCAGGAGUCAAGCCACACUGUCAGAGCGUCCGGCUCCAGCACUAAAUACGCCCACAUUGAUAUCAGUGCUACAGAGACGGCGCAGCAAGUCGGAGCCCAGCAUGCACAGGGUCGUGAGGAGAGACUACAGGAACUAGAGCAGAAGAGAAAAGGAACGCUCACCUGAACG